AUGGUUCAAGAUCUAUUGGCUACAACUGACUUUUUCGCUGAACUUUCACAUCGAAACCUGGUCAAGCUGUUGGCAUAUUGCUGGGAGGAUAAAUGGCUGCUCCAUCUAUGCUUGUUCGUGCAGAAGGGCAGCCUGGAAAAUCGUCAUUUCAAGAAAUAUUCAACCAUUGAACCAGUGUCAUGGGAAAAACCGUUCAAAAUUCAUUCUGGAGCUGCUGGAAGGCUGACUGCUCUACAUGGUUUAAAGAAGCUAGAUAUUCAUCAAACUUUCAAGUUUCCCAAUAUACUGCUUGAUGGGACAACAAAAGGUUUGCUGGCCCAAACUCCAAACAGCAUGGAUGCUUGUGAUUUCACAGCUUUGGACAUCCCACCUGUCUUGCUGCAAUGUGGGAAGCAAGAUAUGGAAGUUAAAAAUACUCCACCAAGAGCUUGGGCUCUGAGAGCCACAGAUGUAGUUGAGAAGACAUUUCAGUGGUGGCACCACCAACCAAAUCUAUCAAACACCCAGACCAUGAAAGACCAUAAAUUACUAAGCAAUUCCCAUCAUCUAUUGUUACUGAUAUCUACACUGUUAGCAACUGUAAGCUUGCAUGCAGCAUUAAAGAUGUCAAGAUGCAGAGUGGAAGAAGGCUACAACUCUAGACUAAAUUCCAUCUUCCAGACUGAAACAUAUUCAAACCAGUUACUCAUUUUGUUCAACUCUCUCACAUUCUUCCUAUCGGUAGCAUUGAUGAUGAGACUCUUCAAUAAGCUUCCUUUCAGGCCAUGGUUACUAGUUUCACUAUUUUCAAUGAUUGGUGCUUACAUGUGCAUAAUGAUGUACCCUGUGAAGGCUUGCACAUUCCCAUCGUAGGCACUCUUUUCAUUUCGUUGGCAGAUGCCAGAUGCUUUCAACUUUUUUAAUUUUGUGCUCAACUGUUCUUCACAUAGAAUGGGCUCAAGAAUGGCUGAUGUGUGUUUUCUUCCCAACAAAUGUUACAGACUAUCUCAAUGCCUAUAGGCAUUGGAAGAAGUAUUCAAGUAU